AAGAAAUCGAAAGUCAAACCUCUGAUAACAGUUGCACCAGCUACACGCAACGCGAAGACGAUGAGUACCGGUGCAUAGUCAACAUAAGAUGCCCAACAAGAGCAACAGCAGAAUCCUGUAGUUAGUUAGUGAUUAAUUAGUGAUAAAUUAGUGACAUGAUGGGCUUCGCGACGCCGAGUGCGCUAGUGCUGAUGCUCGCGGUGUUCGGUGCGAAUUCUCUGUCGGACAACCAGAACUACAACUCCUCAGAUUUGUCGUAUCUGUCUAACGGUAUACAGUUCCCGGUGGAACCCUCUGAUCUUCAUGGGUCUGUUGCAGGGGAGAACCUACGGACCGCCGAAAUGGACUGGUUGCACGGCCUCUAUGAUCACCUGAAGUGGCAGAAGAAUUUGAAGGCUCUGGACGAAGGGAAGUGUCGGGAAGAGAUGACCGUUUACAUCUUGGAACUCUUAAACGGGACUUCCUGGGCGACGAAAAUGUACGACUCAUCGGGUCGCUAUUCGUCGGGAUUUUUCUACGGCAACGACUAUUGGCUAGGGUCUCAGGUGGCGUGCACGGAGCUGGCCAAUGCCGAAACAAACUCGGCAGUGCCUCCGUUCCCCACAUAUUUUUACGUUGCCAAAGUGAGGAUCAACAUCAACAAAAAAUUGACGCCAGUGACAAGGCAACUAAACGUCGGUCAAUGUAUUCCAAAAUCCUGUGAUAUAGCUGAGAUAAGAACACUUUUAACUCAAGAACAAAAUUUUGGAGCAUCUUUGACAGUUGUCGGAGUAAGGCCUGUACCAGGAAGUUACUCGCUGUGGACUGAUACAAAAGUGCAUAUUUUGGGAGGUGUUACCAUUGUUGUGGUUGCAAUAAUAACCGUAGCGUCUUUGGUUGAUAUACUUAUUUAUUCUAAAAAAUCCAACAAAGUCAAAGAUGACGCUGAGUCUGAAAAUAAUAAUAAUAACAACAAUAGUGCAGCUACAAAACAUGGAAGCAAGGAAAUGGUCCUCAGUAAGGAUGAUCACAAGAAGAACGAAAGACAAAGUCUUCCCUUAAGGCUACUUUUGGCCUUUUCAGCUGUAAAAAAUGGGGGUAAAAUAAUUUCAGUAAGCGGUACAAAAGAUUCCGUCAGAUGUAUUCAUGGAAUUAGGUUUUUCUCCAUUGCAUGGAUAAUAUUGGUGCAUACCUACUUGGAAAUAUUUAGCAUAGCUGAUAAUAAAUCCAUGCGAAUACUUACAGAAAGAACCUUCAUGUACCAAACCAUCUCCAAUGCUACUUUUUCAGUAGACACGUUUUUCUUUAUCAGUGGCUUUCUAUUGACCCUAACGUACUUCAGGACGGAUUCCCGCAAAGAUAAGACAAACAAAGAAGAAAAUUCCCUUCAAAUAUUCAACACAAACCUGGGAAAAUUCUCUAUAAUGAUAGUCUAUAGAUUCUUACGGCUAACGCCUCCAUAUUUAUUCGUUCUUGGUGUCAACGAAGUAAUCUUGAGAUACCUGCACAACUAUUCGGUAUUUUCACCGGCAAUCAUUGAUCACAUCAGCUGCAGCAAUUUUUGGUGGAGGAACGCUUUGUAUAUCAACAAUUUUUACCCCCAACACGAGUUCUGCAUGCUUUGGUCAUGGUACAUCGCCAACGAUACGCAGUUUUUCGUCAUCGCGUCCGCCUUGCUUCUAAUAGCUGUGAGGGGCCCCAGGCAUCUGAAAUUCGCGGCCAUCAGCAUUGCAGUUCUGUUGGUGGCAUCCUGGAUCACCACUUUCACCAUCGCGAUGAAGUACAACUUCGUGGCCAGAGUUGAGGAACCGUUCGCGCUCUUCGAUCAGCUCUACGACAAGCCUUGGAUGCGCAUCGGGCCCUAUUUGAUAGGUUUAGUGGCCGGUUAUUUUAUGUUUAAAGUCGACUGCAAAGUAAAGAUGUCGCCAGUGGCGGUGAUUCUCGGAUGGACUUUGUCCUUGCUGUGCCUGGGAUGUUUGGUUUACGGUCUGGGACGCGAGGGGCUGGUCGUUCCUGCUUCUGCUUUUUACGCUGCUUUAGGUCACACUGCUUGGGGAUUGUCAUUGGCCUGGAUAACAAUUGCCUGCUGUUCAGGAUACGGAGGUCCUUUGAAUUGUUUCUUCAGUUGCAAUUUGUUCUUGCCUCUCAGCAGGCUGACAUACUGCGCCUACUUAAUCCAUCCUGUUCUCAUGUGCCUUACGAGUUUCAUUUUGGAUGGAACCAUGCAUCUGCAUAACAUGUUUGCAGCUGUGAUUUACUGUGGAAAUGUGGUAUUAUCGUUUUUAGUAGCAUUUGCCAUAUCGCUAGGAUUUGAAGCUCCUGUUGUCAACCUUUUAAAAAUUAUAUUGUAAUGUUAGACUGUAUUUGUUAUAUUUGUAUUAUAAUUGUAAAUAUUU